CUGGAAGGCCGGGUAGUCCAGCCAGCUCGGAAGACCAGUUGAAUGGCUUCUCCAUCUUGACCGUUCAACCCGAUCCAAAGAGCCUCAUUCUGAAUUGGGUGAGUGCGGGUGAAGAUGCGAAAGCAGCAAGCUAUCGAUCAAUUUCCAGGAUUAACAUUCUAUUUCCUCGUCCUUUCCAAAACAGCACAAUAUCUGAACUUUCAACUCGAGGGGCAAAUAUUGGUUAGCCAGCUGGAUGCUAGGUCCCUCACUUUAAUACUUUUGUUCUAAUAAAAAAUUGUAACUAUAAAUAAAAGAAAAAUUAUUAUAAAAUUAUUAAAAAUAAAUUACUAGCUGAUUUUAAAUGCCUUGUUGAUGAACACAGCCUGGUUUGAAUCUUUCUUAUAUUUGCGAAUGCUUUCCAACUUAAGUUAAUUUCGUUAUCCAAAGGUGUUUGCAAUGACUCACUCGAGGCUUGUACUUUGUGCACCCCCAAGAAGUCGUGAGUUAAAGUUUUCGAUAUGGAGACUUUGCUAUACAUUGGUUGACCAGUGCAAUUCUGUCCUGUAGGGUCGCCUUAUUGGAACAGCUGACGGCAAUGAGCUCUGGACGCCCGCUGUAUUGCUGCCUGUACAAGAUGCAGAAUUCGGCGCAGAACAUGUCAAAAAGGCUUUCGAAGACUUUGAUCGUCAAGACGAUGUCUUCUCAGACGAUUUCACCGCAACUCUUAUUUUGAGAUCCGACCAAAACAUCAACAUCGAUGAUGUCGCUGCCCGACUAGUAGAAAGUGGUAGUUUUCGCAACAUCUACUCAAAUGAGCUAAUUGACGAUAGCCUUCCUCUGGCCCCAGGGCCCUACUUUAUUCAAGGCAAGUCACUUCAUCAGGCUUGGAAGCUUUACGAAGACGAUUUUGACGCUUUUGUCAUUCCCACCAUUCUCGACGAUGUUUUCAAUCCAAAAAGGUCAGCCAAUUUAACGCUCUAUUCAGUCCUGCCAUUUUAUACUAAUCCAUUAUUACAAUCAGAUUCUGCGUACUUCAAGCGGUCUCAGAUCAUGGCUCUUUCAGAAGCAUUGCUGUCGCAAGUCGGCUUUAUUCGAGUCCAACCGAAGAAAAACCUCUUGCCGGCGUCCGUGUGAGCAUUAAAGACAACUACGACUUGAAUGGAAUUCGAACCACCAUGAUGAACAGAGCCUAAAAUGAGCUAUAUCCACCCCGCAAUACCUCUGCAGACUAUGCCAUCAAGCUCAUAGAGCUUGGUGCUAUAAUUGUGGGCAAGACGAAGAUGUCUGCCUUCGCAUCUGCAGAGGAGCCAACCGAUCAAUGGGUCGAUUACCAUUGCCCCUUUAACCCACGGGGUGAUAAGUAUCAAACGCCGUCAUAAAGCUCUACUGGUGCUGGUGCGGCGCUUGCGGGAUAUCCCUGGCUCGACCAUUCAAUCGGAAGUGAUAGUAAGUGAUUCUGAGUCCGAAUAGAGAGAUUUGCUUACACCCACAAAGCUUCUGGUAGCAUACGUCUUCCUGCGGCCUGGAACGGUCUUUUUGGUCUCAGAACUUCUUAUGGUGUUACCUCACGACGAGGUAUCGUCCCGAGCUGCAAGUAUGUGUGCGAAGUCAAAUCACAGAAUCACAAUUGAUCUAAUAGUUUGGAAUAGCGAGUUUGACACAGUCGGGACGCUGCAUAGGAGCCUAAAGGAUGCAAAACAUCUUAUUACCGCCACCUUGGAUGUUCCUGACUCGUCCGAAGUAGAACGAUCUACCCCAUCCAUUCAUCGUCCAUGCUCUGACUUAUACAGUUUCCUAAACGUCUUCUCUAUCCUUUGGACUUCUUCCCACAGGCAGACGCUGAACAACAGGGCACGUGUAAGGCUUUCAUUGCUAUAGUUGAGAGAUUUCUUAGUGUCGAGCGAAUUCCUAUCAGCAUCGCCGACACAUGGGCAUCCAACCCUCCCCAGGAAGCAGGGAAGAAGUUGCUGCAGGAAUACCUCGAGAUGGUAUUUCGCAUGCCUUAACUUUUGGUCACCAUAAACUAACUUGCGCAGAGCGCAGUGUGGCCUAUGUACUAUGACACAUACCAUACCUUUGACGAUUUUCGACAAGACUAUCUUGCAAAAUUCGGCAAGGAGGCUUUUGUGGGACCGUACAUGCGGAAGCGAUGGUAAGUAUCAAGACAAGUAGCCAUAGCGACACACAAACUAAUAGGAGCAUCGCUGUGCCUUUUACCAAAGAAGAACGCGCCCGAGGGGUGACCGAAAUGAAGAUCUUCAGAACGUGAUUCGAAGAACACAUUAUGGGGCAAGACAGUGAAACUUUAACUAACGCAAUAAUGAUUAUGCCGUUUGGCGCAGCCACCCCAAAGUAUAGGGAUGACACAAAUAAGUACGCACUUCUUGUGGUUUCUCUGGCGCCGUCCUAACUACAAAAAGGCUUCCUAGCAUUUUCGGAUCAUUUUCCGUCUUCUAUCUGCCUGGAGUACUACAACUACCACAGCUUAUUAUACCUGGUAAGUUACUGGCUCUCGUCUUCCGAGUUGUUUAUUUCGCUUAUACUCCGUUCAUCAGUGGGACAAAAGCCAUACAACUCGCGCAUCAGCGGGUUGAAAGAGUAUAUGCCCAUCGUUAGUAGUUUCAUGGGCGCGAAAGACAGUGACGUGAUGCUUAUCAAUCUGGCGGAGGCGGUGCUUAAAAAUGCUGAAUGGCCUACAGAAGUUCAGACAGGUCGUGAGGCUUUCGAAGUUGGAAAUAAUUUGUGUAAUGUAUUGCAACAAUGCUGUUAAGUAGUUGAAUGAAAUUGAGUCCAUGUAUUAAAAUUCCAGUCACGCCAGAUAAUAAAGUACGAUUACGAGUACCAAAUCCUGCGCUAAAUUAUAUUCAACUGUUUUAUCAAUCCUAGAAGAUUCUCAUCUGUGCUACUACAUGCUACCCGAUAAUAACGCAGUG